GGGAAGAAUGUCAUCUGUGACCGUACCGCCACCCCUCUUGAUGCCUUUAGGAUGAUGUCCGCUGCCCACUACUAUCCCAAGCUCAUGAGCAUUAUGGGUAACGUUCUCCGUUUCCUGCCUGCCUUUGUGAAGAUGAAGCAGCUGAUCCAAGAAGGCUACGUUGGAGAAUUGCUUGUGUGUGAGGUCCAGGUUCACAGCGGCAGCCUCUUGGGGAAGAAGUACAACUGGAGCUGUGAUGAUUUGAUGGGCGGUGGGGGCCUGCACUCCGUUGGUACUUACAUCAUUGAUCUCCUAACAUUCCUCACCAGCCAGAAAGCCGUGAAAGUACAUGGGUUGCUUAAGACUUUUGUGAAGCAGACGGACCACAUCAAGGGGAUACGGCAAAUCACGAGCGAUGACUUCUGUACGUUUCAGAUGGUCUUGGAAGGUGGAGUGUGUUGUACUGUGACCCUCAACUUCAACAUCCCUGGGGAAUUCAAACAAGACAUUAUUGUGGUAGGUUCUAGCGGGCGGCUGAUUGUAGUAGGAACUGACUUGUACGGGCAAAACAAUAGCUCCUCUCAGAAGGAGCUCCUCCUGAAAGAUUCCACCCCAGUCAGCAACUCCUUGUUACCUGAGAAGGCCUUCAGUGACAUCCCAUCCCCGUAUCUCCGAGGAACAAUAAAGAUGAUGCAGGCCGUCCGGCAGGCAUUUGAGGAUCAGGAUGACAGAAGGACCUGGGACGGUCGGCCGCUCACAAUGGCUGCCACAUUUGACGACUGCCUUUAUGCUUUGUGUGUGGUGGACACCAUUAAAAAAUCAAACCAACUGGGUGAAUGGCAAAAUAUUGUGAUUAUGACCGAAGAACCGGAAUUAAGCCCAGCAUACUUGAUCAGUGAAGCUAUGCGCAGGAGUCGAAUGUCUCUGUACUGCUAGCUUCUUGUCCCAUCUUGGGGGGGCGGGGGGGGGGAGGGAAAGAGGUGGAUCAGUGCAAUUCUUUCCUUACAGAAAAGAUACCUUGAGCAUCAUGCCUUGGACAAAGGAGACAAUCCAAGGAGUAACUCCUUGACACGUAAGCCGCAAUGCCUAGUUGGUGCUGUGAUAGUAGCUGCUUUUACAGGGCAUUUGAAAUCCCUGCACCGGACCGAGCAAGGACUAUUCAGGAGCCUGCUAAAAGUGUUUACAAAGUAGCAUUAUAGGUGGGUGAGAUGGGAUUCUUGUAUAACCCGCAAGUGCGUAGCUGGUUGAAUUGUGUUUACUGUAGGAAAAAAAUGGUUCAGGAAGGUCCAGUUGGGGCUUUCCUUGCCAAACAGCAGGCUGUGAAGUAGAGAAAUGUCAGAAAGUCCCUUGUGGCAGACAAAAUGGCUGACUCCUGACACAAAUGUUUUCAUAGCAGCCCUUCUGGUAAGAGCUUGCUAAUGUAUUACUGUUACAUUCAGUAACUCCAUGCACCUGCGUCAGUUAAUAGACCCAAGAGUACUUAGCAUGAAUGUAUCACUUGCAGAAAUUUGGCAGCUUGGUUUGUUGUUAUACAGCUAACAUGGAAGGUCUUGUUCUUCAGGAAUAUUUUUCCCUUUUGUUUCUUCCCUGCAACAUGAAAAGAAAACAAUAUGGGGUGUUGUGUGGUUUCCGGGUUGUACGGCCA